AUGCAAGAAUUUCUCAUCAAAGUCAUUUGCUUUGGUCAAAAAAAUUUCGACACUACUAAUUACAAAUUCGAUACAAUCCUUGUAUUAGAAGAAACCCUUGACACUCUUAAAGACCAAGCUCCAACCGAUGAUUCAUAUGAUUCUCUCUUCAAGAAAAUGAAUAUGAGCUUCCAACGGGUGAUUGAAAAACUUGAUAAUCACAAGCCCAACUCAUUUCAUUCAUCCAAAGCAUUUCCUUCUCAUGAAAGAGGGGGAGAAAUAUGGAAACCCAUCUCGAAAUUUAAAAGUCGAGAUGAGAAAUCUGAUGAUGAUGAUGAUGUUGAUAUCGAAUUUUUUAAAGUUGCAGCUGAAGACGUGUUAGUUGAACUGAAGAUGAAAAUGAAAAAGAAAGUGAUGAAAAAAAUCAGGUCAAGAAAGUGA